AUUAGGGACGGCUUUGGCUUAGCAAUAAACACUGAGUCGGCGAAAAUUCCAAUAGAAGCGCUGAAGUUGGGAGAUAUCAGGUUUAUAUUGCGUUACCUUGCGGACUUCUGACAUGGAUCUUGACCAGGUGGUGUCUUGUUACCAGCAGCUCAUGAAAGAAUGGAAUUCGAAGAGACCGAACUACAUCGAGAAAUGUGGACAGCAUCUCGCAAAACUGAAGGUCGGAUUAACUCACUGCGCCUUUCUUCCGACGGCUGAAUGCGAAAAUAAGAAGGAACUCUUGGUGGCCCGCGAUAUCCUCGAAAUUGGAGCACAAUGGAGCUGCGCCGCGCGAGAUAUACCUUCUUUUGAGAGAUACCUUUCGAUGCUAAAAACGUACUACAUGGAUUACAAGAACGAUCUGCCGGAAUCCUCCUACAAAUACCAGCUCUUGGGUUUGAACUUGUUGUGUCUCCUGGCGCAGAAUCGGGUGGCCGAGUUUCACACAGAGCUGGAAUUGCUUCCACCGAAAGAAAUUCAAACCAAUGUCCACAUUUCCCAUCCAGUCUCAAUGGAACAGUUCCUGAUGGAGGGGAGCUAUAACAAGAUCUUCCUCUCGAAAGACAAUGUCCCCGCUGCGAGUUACACUUUUUUCAUGGACAUACUUCUGGAUACCGUCCGUGGAGAGAUUUGCAGCUGUGCAGAGAAGACCUACGAGAGAAUUUCGCUGCCCGAAAUCAGUCGGAUGUUAUAUUUUGAUUCGGUGAAAUCCGCCGGCAAUUACCUGGCAGUUCGGGGCUGGAAAUUGCAAGGGAACGUCUUCGUGUUGAGCUCGCCGAAGGACUGUAAAACAGAAGAAACCUUUAUACCGGCUGACACUUUUGCAUCGAAGACGAUUGAUUACGCCCGUGAGAUGGAGCAGAUCGUGUAAAUGAUUUCGUGUCACGAAGAAAUAUAUGGAAGGCGAAUGAGGGAAUAAAUAUAUGAAUUUACACAAUA